AAUCUUUCUGAUACUUUCAUGGCGCCAAGAAAGAUGAAGCAGCGAACGAAACAAGUGAAAGAGAAGAUCGAAAAGGAAAAGGAAAAGGAAAAUGGCGAAUGCUUGAGAGAGGAGCAAAGGAAAAUAAGAGCCAAGUUUGCAGAGAUGGAAAGACAAGGCGACCGACUGAGAGCCGAAACAGAAAUGUUGAUGAAACAAACAGCCAGGACUCAAAUCAAGAUGGCUCUCAUGUUCAAUAUCUUGAAAGCCCGGGAACAUGGACAUCUCAUUGAAGCUUCAACACUCGCUCGCUUUCUCCGUGAACUUGUUGCCAAGGAAAGAGCAAAAGCAGGUUCAAAUGACGUCUAAAAUGAAAAACAACCUGGUGGCUGCCAAUAAAAGAUGCAAGCAGGGCCGACAAGAGUGAAUUUUCUAUGGAUAAAUGAAUAUGUUUUCAGGAAUAAGUUUCUGUGUAAAUUUGACUGAAACAUGUGUAACAUGAAUAAUUCCAUGCAAGUGAUGCAUUUAAACCAAAAGAAAAGAAAGAGAUGGGGUUGGCUCU